AUGUGUUAUUUCUUUUCAUAUAUUAAUCUGAACUCUCACCUAGGUGCAUCCACCCGACCCCACCCCACCCACUUUACUAAAGCAGAGUCUUGUUCAUCUGAAUUUACCUUGUCGUUCUGGCUGAGGCCAAUUGAAUUCACGUCUGAUCAGAUCUACCUAUCUGCCAGCACCAAGUUUCCACAGUCUCGACAUGUGCCUUCCUGGCAGUUUUGGUAUGAGGCGAGAUUCGACCUGUUCCGCUUUGAGCUCUACUACCAGAAAGUGAACAUGACAGUGGGCUUCAGAAUGGACUUCCGCAGGUGGACUCACAUUGUCGUUAAGGCAACGCCAUCCCAGUACAAACUGAAGCUGUUUGUCAAUGGACAAGAAGAAACAUAUUUUGAUACCAGACGAAAUUCGUCUCGUCUCCAUGCACCUUUCCCAUUCUCUUAUUUGUUACUUGGAGAAAAAGGUGUUUUUGAAAUCGAUGAUGUCAGGUUCUACUUAAAAGAUAUGGAUAUCACCAAGCUCUAUGAGGGAAUGUCUGUAGUUGGUCAUAAUAUGAUUGACAGUAUAAACCUGACAUCACCAGGGCAAUGGACCUACAAUCUGUCCUACACAAUAUUAACAGAUAACAUCAACUAUAUCAAAACCUAUGCUCAGUACUGCUACCAGACUGCCAGUUAUAAGUGUCUGAAUGCAGCUCUGUUUGGACAAGCUGGAGAUGGUUUUGUGUGGAAAGACAUCACCGGUCUGGACCACACUCACUGGGCUGGGGGAAACGAUUCGGUGCCAGCGUCGUGUUCCUGCUAUGUGACUGGCAGCUGUGCUACUGGAAAUAAGUGCAACUGUGACUCUUCCCAGUCUGAUGGUGUUCUGAGGGAGGAUUCAGGGGAGUUCACCGACCGCGCUGCUCUUCCAGUGAUGGAGCUGACUGGAACACUGAGUACAGCAUCGAGUUACGCAGCCAUUGACGUGGGACCUCUAGCUUGUACUUCAAUAGGUUAUGAUGGUAUCGUUUUCACAAUGGAGGAGGGUGACCCCCCAUCAGAGCAUGACGGUGUGUCUUUUAUCAUGCAGUCCCUCCAGUUUGCUGCUUACACCAGAGGACUGAAUGGCAGGGCUCUGCAGCUGAAUGGCACUGGAUUUGACAUUACCGGUUUGAACUCUCCCUGCCUCUCCAACAUAACACUGUGUCAGUUUGGACUCACCAUGGCCAUGUGGCUGAACAUUGACAAACUGUCUUCAUCGGGAAAUAUUGAACUCUUUGAUUUUGGUGAUGCUGAAGUUAAUGGGAAUGGCUUGUUUGUGGUUUGUAGCAAUAUAAACGUUGAGCACGGUGUCGAAAAGGUGGUUUGUCACACCGUCCUGAUCACCACGACAGCCAAGUGGGAGUUUGACUUUUCUCUACAGCUGAAACGGUGGAUUCACUUGGCUGUCACGUGGAACAGAUACAGAGGAAUGACGGUGUACGUCAAUGGAUACAGUAUCAGUGACACCAACAAGCCAGUCAUGACAGACGAAUUGCCGAAAAAUCCAGUUGUGAUGUAUAAGAUCAAAGUUGGUUGUAGCAGUAACUGGGUUGGUGGGACUUCCUGGUGGAUGGUUGAUGACCUCAGACUGGUUGAAAGAGAUGCUUCUGUUACCGAGAUCCGCAAGUUCUUUGGUUACCAAGAAGCGUGUGCCAAUGGCUGGGUGUACUAUAAUGACACACAACUGUGCUACCACUUGACGUCGAUGUUUUCACUUUUGAGUCAUACCAAGGCAGAGGAUCACUGUGGGGAUCAGGGUGGACGGCUCGUGGUGGAGAAAGAUCCAGACCAUCAUGACUGGCUGAUCACCAACAUCCUGGAGCCAGCUCCUCAAGACUCGUACGUCCAUCUUGGACUCGAACAGACAGCCGUCAGAGGUCCAUUCCGCUGGUCAGAUGGUUCCCUAGCUACCCACCUUCCUGCCAACAUUGUGAAGCCACCGUAUCCCAGUUACACCCUAUGUGUUGUCCUGGAGCAACAAACGUGGAAAUAUGUUGCAGUGAAUUGUGGCUAUGCAGUUGGGGCACUGUGUGAGAGACCUCCACUGUUUGUUCCAUCCAAAGAACUCAACAUAGGCACUGAGGCCCCAGCAUACAACUACACAAUCCUUAACACCACAAAUCAAGACACCGACCCUAAUGGCAUCAUUGGAUCCAUGGUAAAUUUCACGCUUGAUUACGCUGCUGCCUGGUUGACGGAUGAAUGCUUCUCUAACCUUGUCUUCUGUCACAACGGCUGGUCUGUGAACCUGUGGCUGUUGAUCCAGACUCCCGUUACCAGUCUGAUCCGGGAGAUCCUCAUCAGCUCUCAGAUCGAUGAUACGCAGUACGGACUGAUGAUAUACGGACAACACACGGCCGGAUCCUUCCACUCCCUGAACGUUGUACUGAAUAACUGCAGCACAGAGACCAGAAUCACGUUCCAGACCACCACCUUCUCCUGGACUCACGUGUACGUAGGUGUGGAUGGAAGUCAGCGGGUGGAGGUCUAUCUGAAUGGGAAGAACAACACGUACCUGACAUGGACUGUGGUGAACGCGUCGUGUGCUGAACCAGCUCCUGGCAGCACUCUUCCCAUCAGCAUCGGGGCACGGGCAGACGGGCAGGAACAGAUCUCGGCUUUCAUCGAUGAAUUGGAAAUCUUUGAGUUCGCCAUUCCAGAUCCUGAUGAGGACUUUAAAAACAAAUCCCAGUUAUUGUCUAAGGUUGUUGAACAGAACUUUGAUUGGACAGAAGACUUGAACAUUCAGCAGACCGUGAACCGCCUCCCUGGUCGCUUUGGUUACGCUUUGUACACAGAUGGCAGCAGCAGCAGUUUCGCCACUCUUACUGGACAGUUUGCGUUUGACUGUUUCGGCUCUGUUGAUUUCUGUGACAGUGGAUUCACUAUGACGAUGUGGCUGCAGCCGAAACUAAACAGAUCAUCAUCGGCAGAUUUUGGGGUGUUUUCUGCCUCCAACAGCCACCGCGGCAUCCACAUUGUGUACAUCGCAACGGAUGCAGCAUACUGGUUAGUCGUCAGAAACAACAUCACGGAAUACCGCACCAGGUUUAAUCUGGUGGACAAUUUCUGGUCACAGCUGUUGGUGACUUGGGAUAAAAGUGCCGUGCUACUGUAUGUGAAUGGAGUCCCAGUAACAGUGACUCAGCUGAUACCUCUCUCUGGAUCAUCCUAUCCUGUUGUGCAGGUGCAUUUUGGGAAGGCAUCUGAUGGAAGUUUGUCAAUGGAAGGGUUUUCUGGAGGAACUGAUAACUUGUUCUUCUGGCAGGAGUCUGUGGGAGAUUCUGAGGCAUUUCAGAUGUAUUGGAAGUCUGUUUAUGUUGAACAUCCCCGACACUGGAAGCUGGACUCUGCUCCGUCUGUCUCACUACAGAGGUUCAAUCAAGUUCCUGGUCUUGUCCCUGGAGCUGUAGACAAAGCCUGGAAUUUUUUCAGUCACUCGCAGUGUAUCAACCUGACUUCAGAACUCAGUGAUUCUGACUGCUACCUCUUCAGAGAUUCCUGCGUCCACGGGUUUACUGUCAGCCUUAUGAUCAAGUUGAUCAGCCUCAAUGAUACAGACCAAACAAUUCUCACAUUUGGGGGAGACAAGGCUGACGGUUAUGGUUUGUACAUAGAGGUAGCUCCAAACAACCUGACGAUGGAAUUCCGGCGUUACUUCCACGUGGGCUACAGAACAGUUGACAAGGAGUACUCGGUGUGGUUUAAUGUCCAGUACCAGGUGUGGACUCAGAUUAUCGUGACCUAUUACACAAGGUUUGGUCUCAAUGUUCUGGUUGAUGGGUCACAUGCUGGUCACUCUUCCGGAUCACCAAGAACUGUUAGUCCUUCCCCCACGUUUAAACCAAGCUUUCUGAUUGGCUGCAACAUCGAUGAUGACAUCACCUAUCCCAACUUUCUGCUGGAUGAAUUAAAUUUGUGGGAUAAAGCUUGGGUUGGUACUGAUGUGAACUCCACUCACGUUGAAGAAUGGAAGCAUUACAUCCACAAGUCCAUCAGUUCGCCUGUGUUGGAAACGAUCCCAAUGGUCUACCUGUCUGACUGCCACGAUUCCUGCACCUACAGCAACCAGUCUUGUAAGAGCUACGCCUACUGUUCACAUCGAAAACAAGGACAGUGCCACUUGCAUCCCCUCGCUGUGAACUCCACCGCUCAACUCACGGACACUACCCUGUGUGACAGCUUCAUCAGAAUUCCUCUUCAACCACUUGAUUAUUUUGUGAAUUGUUUUGAUCAUGGAUUCAACAUGCCGAACAUUUCUCUAUCUGCCGAGGUGAACAACGCUGAAGAAUGUCGAGUGUUGUGCAGUAACAUGUCACACCGAUACGCUGGAGUGUACAACAGAACAUCAUGUCUGUGUACAGACGACCCAUGGACAGCAACCGUUCCCAUGGUGAACUGUGACAUCACCUGUGACGGCGUGAGGAUGGACUCGUGUGGUGGGAGUGGAGCGGUGUCUGUGUACAUCUCCAACAAUUUGGUUCCAUUUGUUAAUCCAUAUGUUCGUAUCACUUCACUCGAUGUCACCAUUCUUCCUGGAAUUGUAAUGGACGUGAAUGAUACUGUUACAUUACAAAUGCUCGUUUCAAAUGGCACCGAGGCUGGUUUUAAAAUCUCUACCGGUGUUGAGAUAUUCUUCACGGCAUUCUUAACAAAAAGUUUCUCCUACAGCCAGCCUGGCAGAUAUCUGCUCAGUGUCCGGGCCCUCAAUGAAAUCAGUUUCUAUGACUACCAGACCUUCAUGUACGUGUUCCGUCCACUGGAAGACAUAUUCGUGUCAAGCCUACAGCCACAUAACACAAGCAGCAUAGUAAACGUAGCUGUCAAUGUUACUGGAGGAACAAACAUCACAUGCGACAUUGAUUUUGGAGACGGUAGAACUGACAGUAUGUUUAAGUUAAAUGACUUGGACUUGUUUAGUUUCACUGAGGUGUAUGGCACACCUAACGUGUAUGUUAUUAGCAUCAGCUGCUACAACAACAUAUCGUCUGUCUCACAUGUUACCUCUGUCAUCGUUCAAGAUCCAAUUGUAAUUAGCACGUUUGUAGUCGCUUCACUACAGAUCUAUCCCUUGGAUGUCCUCGUGAAUUGGCUACUAUCCCAGGGAACAAACGUGACGUUUUCAGUGAAUUUUGAUGGAGCUGCUACUGGUCUUGAAGUUUACACUUUUGGAAGUUACAGUGGAUCGGCAGCAAUUCCAGUCAGUGUGUACAGCACACCUGAGUUACACAACGUCACCUUGUCAUCAGCCAACCUUGUGUCAUCAGCCAACUCCUCACAGGUGAUUAACAUUCAGCAACCUAUAAACGCUGUUUUCCUGACGGCCAAUGCCACACACCACCCUGUCAGUAGUACAGUAGGCUUUGAGAUCACAGUCCCUGAGGGAUCCAACAUCACCAUGACCUUGACUGUGGUGUCUUCAUUGAUCUUGUCCAGACAUGUCCGAGGUCUGACAAGUAAUGGACAUUUCCUCUUUGAUCACUACUACACAGUUCCUGGUGUGUAUGUCAUCUCGGCCUCGGCCUUCAACGUUCACGGCAGUGUAACUAAUACAACUACAAUCUUUGUGGAAGUCCCAGUGUCAGCUGUAACCUGCUCUGUGCAAGAUUCUCCUAAUCCUGAUGUCACUGUCAGCCUGGUCUGUUCAGUUCCAUCUCAGUCGGAGAUUCCUUCCAGUGCCAUAGCAACGGUUACAUUCGGUGAUGGAAACGCAGUCAAUAAUGUACCUCUAAUAUUACCGUCUUUACAACAAACCUUUUCUAAUAAAUACGCAACUCAUGGCAUUUAUAGUGUGUUUGUGCUUUACCAAAAUAAUGUUAGCAACAUCUCAUUGACACAUUCUGUUCAAGUUGGUGGUCCUGUGACAAAUUUCACUGCUAAAGUAAACAGACUCUAUAUUCCUUUGGGGUGGCCUCUGGUUGUCACUUCUAACAUAACGUUUGGUUCACUUGUCACCUAUAAGUAUGACUUUGGUGAUGGAACGCAAGUGACACGACCAUUGACCUACUCGUACCCGGCUGGCGUGGAUGUCAUAGAGCAUAUGUACACUGAGGCAAAGGACUUCCAGGUCGUGGUCAGUGCCGAAAACAAUUUCAUCACCUUCCAAAAAGAAUCGCAGAAUUUUACAAUUAAAGUCCAAGAGAAAAUGAGUGGACUUACUCUUACAGGCACUUCCCCAGUGCUAACAAACACAAGUAUGUAUUUUGUGUUAAACAUUAAUACAGUUGGCACAACUUCGUGUUACUUGUGGAACUUUGGAGACGGUAGCUUUAAAGUGUUUGGUGUGGCAUCCUGCCAGCAAAGACCUGAAUAUGAUUCUAUGGACUUUGAAGAGAGGACAACAUUCCCCAUGGUUGUGUACCACACAUUCUUCACCGAUGGGGAGUUCAAUGUGACUGUCAACAGCUCAAACGCAGUAUCGUGGGAUUUCACUUUCUGGUCAGUCAGUGCUCAGGAGUUCAUCUGCAUAGAACCAAGAGUUGAGAUCCUUGGAUUCACAAAGUCUCUGUCGGUCAUCGUUCCCGUGAAGCGAUCACACAGAUUUCUGAUGUCGGCCAACAUCGAGACGUCCUGCAUUCCGCCAAUAGACACGGUUUAUGAAUGGAAAAUACACAGACCUGACAACACUGUGGUAAACCUUCCAAUGAACGGCUUGCCAUCGCUGAUUGUUCCUUCGAACUACCUUGACUACGGGACAUACACAGUGAGCCUGACAGUGUCCUAUGCAUACGGAUCUACUCUGAACGAAACCGACUCCGUGUAUUUGGAGAUUCAGCCAUCACAGCUCGUGUGUGAGGUAUCGGAAGGUUAUCUACGUCAUGUCUUCUAUAAGGAUGAUCUGGUUGUUGAUGGAAGCAGGUCGCAUGAUCCAGAUAAGUUAAAUGGAACUUCUCAAGGACUCAAUCACAAGUGGUACUGUCAACUGAAAAACGAGAUACUCCCAAUGGUUGGAAACCUUCCUUCAGAUGUGCCUUCGGGUAACAGUGGUGGUUGUUUUGGUAACGGUGUUGGCUUUCUUAGCCAAGGCACAAGCAGUCUGUCCAUUUUGAACACUGAUCUUCGGCCAAACGAGGAGUACAUCUUUACACUUGUGAUCACAAAGGAUAGUCGCUAUGACCUGAAGGAACAUCAUGUGAUCACCACAGUUAGCCAAGUGCCACAUGUCCGUAUAAGGUGUGUUGACAAUUGUGGUUUGAAGACGUCACACAUGCGGCCGGUGCGUUUCCAGAGUGAGUGUGUAAACUGCACCAUCAGUCAGCGGAACGCCAUCUCGUAUCUCUGGAGGUUGUUUGAAGUCGAUAAACUCAGAAACUACAUUGAAGUGACUGCACUACCAUCUUCCAGUGCCACUGAUGACUUACAGAAUGUAUCACAGAGUUCAGCAGGAGGUGUAACAAGCCCGUAUCUCGCUAUUGAUGAGGAUGUAAUGGGUCCAGGAAAACACUACCGCCUCCGUCUACUUGCUAACACUGGGAUUACAGAAAAGGAUAUUUUUACCAACUUCCCACCGUAUGGUGGUCAGUGCACUGCAGAUCAGGAACUAGGUAUGGCAUUCUCCACCAUGUUCCGGUUCUCCUGUGCUGGCUGGCUGGACGAAGGUGAUCGACUGACACGUAAUGCUACGUAUGAUACUCAGUUCAUCGUCCCGUUAACCUACACCUUCUCGUACCAAGUCCGGGGAUCCAACAGCUCACAGCACGUGUUUUACGAGGUCACGGGCGGAAACAUCAGCACCCCAGAAGUCAUCUUGAGAUCGGGCUACGACAGCCACGACAAUGCUAUUGAUAUCUUUGUCACCAUCAGGGACAAACUCGGGUCAUCCACUAUAGCCAGCCUCUUUGUCAGGGUUGUUUCAGACCCUGAAGGAAAUUUCCUCAAAAUAUACUCACUGGAUCAGUAUACGAGAUUUGAAACGGAGAAAGACAUCACAGCCUUGUUAAUCAUCAACAUGGGUCUAGCUGAACAACUGAACGAGGUAACAUUAUCCACAUCUGAAAUGGCUGAGCUGAGGACGUCGGUGGUGUCACACGUGGCUGAACACAGUGACUGGAUAGAAGAUCCUGCCCAAGUGGAGCUAACUCUGGAUUUCAUCCAACACGUUCUGAAAGAACCAUCUCAACUUGAGACAAAUACAAUCAAAGACCUGAUGACCAUUUACAGAACUUUAAUACAGUCCCUCGACAGAAUAUUUGAUGAAUCCACUGACUCUCUCCGUAUAAAUGCUGUUGGCAAAAACAUCUUAACUGGAUUGAUUGACCUGAUGUUUAUUCUGAGUGAACACACAACCGAUUGUCAGACUGACUGUACAAGUCAAAGACAGCUUAGACGGGAGCUGGCAUCCAUGUUUCGGGAUCGCUCCACCUUGGUGAAGAUGCUGCUGGAAGGUUACGUACCAGGAGAGGCCCCGGUGGAGAUCAGUUCAUCAGGAAACAGGUUCAACUAUCUCGCAAUCCGCAUGGAUGUUUCAAAGUUGGCGGGUACAGUAAUCAGCAUCAAGGGAAAAGAAAUGGCCAAGAUCCCAGACCUGGCAUACAAACUGAAUCUAGGGAAAGAUGAAACUGAAGUAGAUGUUGAGGUUAUCGAGUCUGAGAAUCUGGAAGUUGAUGAUAAAUCAGAACAGCAGAUUGACACACGGACCACAGCAUUCACAAUGUACAGCAAGGGGAGACAACUGCCUGUGAACGACUUGACGGAGCCACUAAGUGUUUACGUGCACUCCCCAGUACAGGUGACAACCGUUGAAGCCGAUUUGUCCCAAAACAGAACGUACGAGUUCUUCUAUAUCAAAGUGGUCAUCGAAGAGUUAACCUCGGUGGUUGUCGUUAAAGUUUCGCCAGAAGCUGGUAGUAGCCCCGUAGUGGAUUCCAAGCCGAUAUUUGUAAAGAGAAGUGCACCCACAGAGAAAAACUGGGUGACGGGAAGAAACACUCGGGUAAAGCGAUUUUUAUUGUCUGGUGCUGGAUCUGUAGACCAGAACUCGAGCCAAAGCCAGAAUGACCCUGUAAACCUGGACCCAAUCUUGAUUCAGAAUGACCCAACAAAUCUGGAUCCAGGCUUGAUUCAAAAUGAACCUAUAAACCUGGACCCAGCCUUGAUUCAAAAUGAACCUAUAAACCUGGACCCAGCCUUGAUUCAAAAUGAACCUAUAAUCGAGAACCAACCCUUGAUUCAACGUGAACCUGUAAACCAGAGUCCAUCAGAAAACACACAAGUAUCGUUUACGUACUAUAUUUCCUACAAUGCUCUUCCCACCAAUGAGACAUAUGAUGUUAUGGGACGGUUGCCGGAGGAUACUUCUACGGAUACUGAUGAUGGUUGGACAUUUCAACUCUCCCUGACUACACUUCCAAAUACCACACGACCUGCUCUUGAUAACUCCAAGGAGAAUGCUGUGUACAUCACUAUCGUCCCAGAGUACAAUAUAUCUGUGCUGUCGCCUUUGAUAAACGUGACAAUGUUCUCAGCAGCCUGCUACUACUGGGAUGAGAAAAAUCUGUGGUCCUCAACUGGUGUCGUGUUUGGACCAAAAACAACAUUUGAUAAAGUGGAAUGCCGGGCCAGUCACGCAACUAACUUUGGAGCGAGUUUCUUCGUGCCCCCCAACACGAUUAAUUUCAACACGGUGUUUGACAAGUUUGCCAACCUCGCUGACAACGCAGCUGUCUUCUCGACUGUCAUCGUGGUCCUCGCUCUUUACUUCAUCUUAGUCUUCUUUAUGAGGAGACUCGACAAGAAAGACAUUGUCAAAUGGUGUGUGACCCCACUUCUCGACAACCUACCAUCAGAUGUGUAUCACUACCAAGUGACAGUGUUCACGGGAAUGGCUCGUAACUGUGGAACCAAGUCUCGGGUCUACGUCGUGCUGGGAGGGGAAGACGAGGAUUCUGAAAUCAGGUGUUUACUUGAUGAAAAGAACCGAGAUUUCACAAGAGGCAGUGUCAACAGUUACAUACUCAGUGUUCCGGCAUUGCUCGGUCCUUUGAUCUUUCUCAGAAUAUGGCAUGAUAACUCGGGGAACGGAGUUGAUGCCGACUGGUAUCUCAACAUGGUGGUUGUCAAGGAUAUUCAGAGAGAUGAAAGGUACGUCUUCCUCUGUGAUCGUUGGCUUGCACUGGACAAGGAUGAUGGUCAGAUAGAACGCUUUCUGGGAGUUGCAACCCGUGACGAGCUGGAGGCGUUCUCCCACCUGGUGAUGUUCAAGAGCAAACAGGACCUCACCGAUGGCCACAUCUGGUUCUCCAUCCUGUCCCGGCCGACCAAGAGCACAUUCACCCGUGUGCAGCGCCUCUCCUGCUGCCUGUCUCUGCUGUUCACCACGAUGAUCGGCAACGCCAUGUGGUACAAGACCACCGAGGGUCUGCAGAACACACAGGAGGUUCACCUGGGGCCCUUCACAUUCUCCCCUCAAGAGCUGACCACCAGCAUCCUGAUGAGUCUUCUCGUCGUGCCCGUUAACCUGGUCAUCGUGACGCUCUUCAGAAAGGCAGCACCAAAGAGGCAGACAAAGAAAGACAAAAUGGCCAUCAAGCCUUAUAAUGGUGAUGGAACUGCAGACAGUACGAUGACAGCUGAAGCUGCUGCAGAGAUAGAAGAAAGAGCUGUAAGUCCAAGCGCUAUUUUCACUGUUGAAAAGAGGAGUCUGUCCACGGAACCAGACGCCAGGUUUGAUCGCGAGGACGGGGUUAUUAGUGCUGGUAAGACGACGAAGAAGAAUGGCUGCAUGUUUCCUCACUGGGUUGUUUACAUUGCCUGGUUCCUGGUGGCCGUGUCGGUCUUAGUGCCGGCAUUCUUCACCAUCCUCUACAGCAUGGAGUGGGGCUUUGACAAGUCUUCAAAAUGGAUGACGUCCUUCUUUCUCGGGUUUCUAGAGUCCGUACUGCUCAUUCAACCUCUGAAGAUAUUGGCUGUGGCCAUCAUAUUGACAUUGAUAUUUCGCAAAGCUGAACAUGGUGAGGAGGAGACUACUGGAUUUACAAAGACUGAUAUCAUCGCAGGCAUGCAGAGAACUGUCAAACCAAGACCUCACUCGGGGUACAUUCAUUCAGUCAAAGCAGUUCAUAGGAGACCAUAUGUUGAAAAUCCCCCUGAUAUUAAAAGUGUGAACCAAGCUCGAGAUUACAGAAAGAAACAGAAUCGACUGGUCGCCAUCUUUAAGGAGAUUGGUGCAUAUGUCUUCUACUUGACAGUCAUAGCCAUCCUCUGUUUUGAAAGCCGAGACACAAAGUCAUUUCAGAUGGUUGAGACAAUGAACAACAUGUUUGUGAGAAAAACAAAAACCAUGAGUGCUGGUUUUAAUGAGAUCAAGUCAUUUGAAUCUUUCUGGAACUGGACAUUUGACAGGCUGCUUCCUAACCUGUAUGCUCAGACGUUUUACAACAAUAACAGCCUGCCUGGAAGUGACGUGAUGUUUUUAUCCGAUCUUGUCCACUACCGGAUCGGCCAGCCAAGACUCCGACAGCACAGAGUUCUACAAGACACCUGCACCGUUCCUCCACCAUUUUCCUCUGUGAUCAGGAAAUGUUUUGGUGAUUAUGGACUCUCCACCUACGACAGCACCGACUAUGAUGUAGGAUGGCUGCCCUUGAACACCUCAUCCUCCACAGCAGCAUCAGAACCAUGGAUCUACAAAUCUGUGCUGGAACUGUCGGGGGCACCCAGUGUUGGCAUAUUUGCCACGUACAGUGGAGGUGGAUACGUGGCUGCGCUUGGCAAUGACCUCAGCACAGCACAGAGUGUCAUACAGGACCUCAAGGACAACCAGUGGCUAGAUCGGCAGACGAAAGCCUUGUUCCUGGAGGUUAAUGUCUACAACCCAUUUGUGAAUCUGUUCUGCUCCAUAUCCCUGUUGCUGGAGGUUCCUCCGUCAGGGAGUUCCAUUCCAUUCCAGCAGAUCUCUCCCCUAAGGCUGUACCGGUAUAUCGGACCCAGCGCUCUGUUCAUCAUCAUCGUGGAUCUGAUCUUUGUGGCGUUCACCGUCUACUUCAUGGUGAUGAUCUACCGGGAUCUGAAGACUCAAGGCCGGGCAUACUUCAGACAGUUCUGGAACUGUAUCGAGAUCCUCAACAUCACCACGGCGAUCAUCAUGUGCGCCUUCUAUGGAGUCCAUCACAUCUUGACCAGUCUGGCACUUGGCACCUUGAAGAAAAACCCUGGAACGUUUAUCAACUUCCAGCGGAUUGUCCUGUGGGACGAUGUGUUCACCUUCACUCAAGGCUUCCUGCUCUUCUUCUCCAUGCUGAAACUUCUCCGCCUGAUCCGCUUCAACGCCAAGAUCGCCCAGCUGUCGACGACGCUCAAGCGAGCCGUAGGGCCACUCUUCAACUUCUUCAUUGUGUUCAGCAUCGUGUUCUUCGCCUUCGUGCAGUUCGGCUUCCUGGUGUUCGGCACGCUGAACUACGAGUACGCAACGUUCAUCACGGCCACCGAGACGGUGUUCUCCAUGCUGCUCAUGAAGGUGAACAUCGACUCCCUGAUGCAGGUGGACGCCGUCCUGGCUCCCCUCUUCCUAUUCCUCUUCAUCCUCAUCACCGUCUUCAUCCUGCUCAACAUGCUGCUCAGCAUACUCAACGACAUCUUCAGCACCGUGCGUGCCGACAAGAACUGUCGACCGGAUGAUCCAGCGAUGGUCGACUUCAUGAUGAGCGAGUUCAAGAGGCUGAUUGGAGUUACACAGAAAUAUAAAGGAAAACGCAGACAAAGACAAAAAACUCGACCUGUCCCGGCCAUUUUAACCCCUUUAGAACGAUGGCUUGAAGCAGAGAAGAACCCCAAGAAGGAAAUCUCAUGGUUGAAUCCUGAAACUGAACUGUCGUCACCGUUCAAUAAGAAGUCACACAAUGCUUACAUUUUCUUAAGGUCUUUACGCACAAAGAUAGAUCCAAAGGACACAGGUAAAACUGAAGACAAAGCAGAAACUGAGGACAAACUGUCUUAGUAUAAUCACAGACAGCAGCACAGUAUAACACACAGAAAAUAGAAAACACUUAAAAUAGUGGCCAUGUGUUAAGUUAGUAACCAUUUAAAACAGUCGCCAUGUGUUAAGUUAGUGACCACGUGUUAAAUUAAUCAGCUAAAAGACAUAUAGUUGAAUCCUGUUGGCUCUAACCCUAUCUGUGCUCGAGAAAGUGUUCGACCCAUCGGGUUUGACCUAACCAUUCGGUUAGUGUAACUUGGGACUUUGUUUUUGGUUCAAGCAUUGCGAUAUGUAUAUAUAUUUAUGGUUAAUCAAGUAAAAUGUGUCAUUUUGUUGUUAGAUACCAACUCACAAAGUGUGCUUAUUAUAAAUGUGAAAAGCAUGACAACUCCAUGUAUAUAUUAAAACAAAACUGGAGGCUUUUAUCUUAUGGUUUUUGUCUCGCCACUACGAAGUUAAAAGGCAAGAUGUAUAUGUAGGUAUUACUUUUCUGACGUCAGUGGUGACAACGAUGGUGUCAACUCGCGUCAAAGUUUCACAUUAAAGUUCUGUGUUUAGAUCAGUUUCUAACAAACUAAAUCCAAGGUCAAUGAAACUUGGUUUAUAGUUGCACCAAAAACAUUUCUGGUAGGCUAGACACAUAGUUCUGCAGAAGUCUUGUUUUAAUAUAUUCUGUCUUGUGAAAUAGAAUACUAUUCUCUUGGGUGUGGAAUCCUGAAUAUAAACAGCUGCUAACACAAGAAAAAUAUUAGACAUUAAAUAAUUUGUUAUUAAAAUUGUAUUAUGUUUUAUUUUAUUUUGUGCAACAAAACCAAUGUUAAUGUUUCUUCUGUUAUUAAUUGUGGCUUAAUACUGAAGUCCAGUUAACAGAUCCUAUAACUAUAUGUACCAUGUUAAAUUAAGUAGUAAAAAUUAAUAAACAGUACGGUAGUUGUGUCUUACUUUAACUUUUCUAAACACCAUGUUUAACAGAUCCUAUCAAUUAUUCAUGUUAAAACAUUUAAGUUAAAAGUAAACGUAGGAUGAGUGCAAUAAGUAGCCAGCGAAAACAUAUGUGAAGUUCUGUAUUUAUUACAUACCUUCUUUUAUGUUUUACAAAAACGGUUUUUAAUUUAACGUGGUAACAACACUUUCUUAAAUCUAUAAUCAAAACACCUUUCAUGGAUUUGC